CUAGAAAACCUUCAAGCUCCUGCCCUUCUGUGAAACAUACAAUGAUUCAUUUUAUUUUCGGGGCUUUUAAAUUAUUUUAAAUCCAAGCUAACUAUUUUGCUCAGUCUUCUUUCUGAUACUUUUCCUGUAUCUUUUUCUCGCGUUGUGUUUACAAAAUUAGUUUCACAACUUAGUGCCCAGGAGACAUACGGUUCUGUUGGAGCGGGAGAAAUAAAAAUAAAGUAAAAUGGCUGGUUCGUUUCAAGAACUUUCGUUUAGUCAGUGUUCACGUGGAAGCAAUUUUAUAUCCUUAAGUACUUCACAUGAUGGUAUCUCUGUUGUUGACAACGAAGAGAAGCUAUUUCCAGAUACUGCUGGAGGAUUUUCCUACGAGAUUCAAUCAAAAAUUACUAGAAAUAGACGAAUAAUAUGGAAAGUUGCAGAGAAUGUUGUUGAGCUGUAUGAAUCUAGUUUGGAUUUCAACUUGUUUGGAAAUAAAUUGGUUAUUUCAAUACCUGGUGAAAUCAUCUUACCAAAUGUUGUUUUUAAUGAAUCCGAGCAAACCCUGUGUUUGUUUAUUGCUACAACGAAAACAGUCUUUCAACUAUCAUUGGUCCACCCUAAUCACGGAAAAUACGGAUUUAUUCUUCCGAAUGGGAUGAAUGUUUCUUUACCAUCUGUCUUCAAUGAUGCAGAAGUGAAAUUAAAACAAAAUAUUAGGCAGUUCUCCUUGAUGCAGCCUUGUCAUCAGUUCGAUGCUGCUGUAACACAUACAGGAGAUGUUUAUUUUGGUCUAGUUACAGAUUCAAAGUCCCUUCUUGUUGUCAAACUUGAAGACAGCCCAGACUUCAGCAGUUGUAUUGAACUGAAAGAGACUGGUGUGAUGCAGCGCUUAUGGACUGGUCUUGUUCCUUCUUUUGUUAGAGGAGAUGAUUCCUGGAUGGGUGUGGAAUCACUGGUGAUACACAGCUUCAAUGAAGAUGAUGUUUAUGCCAUAACCAUAUGUAAAGAUUUAAAAAUAAGAGUUUGGGACAUUAAGGGUCAAAAUUGUGUUGCAACAAAAGAUCUCAUCCCACUGAUUCCAGAUAAACCUGAUUUACAGACAGAUUCAGUUGGCUCAUUGAUGUUAAAGAAAGCACGAAAUCAAACUACCAGACAAUUGGUGCUAGCAGCUCAUUGUUGUCUGGCAUAUAAUUCACAGUUUAUCAUUUUGGAAGUUUUCAAGGAACAGAAAGAUGUCGUUUUAAUGCAUGUCUCAAAUUUCUUUUCAGAAUUUAACAACAUUCAAGACCUGUACCUCACAUAUCAAUAUAUAUGGGCGUUAUGGAGCACGUCAGAUGGAGAGCAUUCAGUUUCAUAUGCUCCUGUUGAAGGAGGAAAAAAUUUCGAGAGAGGUUGGCAUGUUGUUCACGUAAAACGGCCAGAGAAAAAUGAAGUUUUUAUCCCAAUGUUUCAAGAUGCAAAGGAAGUCUACUUGGAAAAUCUUUUCACGCCUGGGAUGUAUAACAAACAGUCAAUUAUGAAAGCUCUUCAGGUUUUCACCAAGACAAUCGAUAUUGGGGAAGACUUUUUACCCGACGAAACAUGUGAUUUAUCUGCAAUUAAAGAAAGUGUCUUGCAAAUACUAGAUUUAGAGAUUGAAAAAAAUAUGAUUGAUCGUGAGUUACUACCAGCUGAGUAUCAGGAAUUACAGCAUCAAUGUUGGUCACGAUUUUACUCAUUUGUUCAACAAUGUAGACAGGCACGUGAGACACCACUUGGAUUGCAUGUGGAUGAAGGUUGCACAAGUCCAAUUAUCAUUAGACAGGAAAUGUUUGGCUACCUGCAUUGCUUGGAUUGGGUUGAUCAUCUAUACUUAACAAACCUUGACACAUGUGAGGGAGUAACGUCUUACAUUGAAAACGAAUUGGAUCUUGAUGAUGGAGCUUUAAGUAGAGACAUACUGUAUGUUGUUGAAUGUCUAAAGACUAUUCCAGAACAGUUCAGCCAAGAGGUUAUCCUUGGCAUUGAUAAAGAUCUCAAUGGAAAUGAAGAUGUGAAGUUGUUUUUAUCGUGUAUGGCUUCUGUGCUAGUCACUAACAGCAGUGAUUUCGAACAGUUGGUUGGCGAUCCAAUACAGAGAGGUGAUUAUUUAUGUGUGAUAGAAGCAAGAUUAAAGCAUAUUCAAAACCCACAGAAAGCAGUAGAGACUAUCUUGACUGCUUUAGAGGUUUCUGAAUUUCCAAGUUCAGCAGCUCUCGAUAUAUCAGAAAUGGAUGAACUACUUACUCAAAAUGCUACUCAAUUUUUAUGCAGCAAAGAUGGUGUAAACAUGAUUACUGAAAUACUUUCAAGCACUGCAUUUCAUCGAAUGCAUUUAUGUCGUGACUUAUUUGUUUUGCUUAAACUGAUGGAAAAGAUUAGCUGCAAAAUUGGGUUAAGUUUAAACGUUGCGAGGGAAUUUGGUACACCCAUAUCAAGUACAUGUUAUGACAUGCUACGAGCCUAUCAUGCGGUAUAUUGGUCAACGAAAAAAGUUUUUGAAGAUAUUGACCCAACAACUCUAGAUAUUAACCUAACCAAUCUUGCUGCACUUCAGUUAACCGAACGAAGUCCUGCGUCAAACACAGCUAGGAAGAUACCAACAGAUAAAGACACAGAGGAACCGUUGUCUCUGCUUUACUGUUUCAUCAGAGAUGUUGGAAUACAAAAUGCUUUAAGGUAUUUGACAGAAACCAACCUAAACAUGCUGAAGCCAGGAGAUUAUUCGACGUUAGAAAUGACGAAACUCAUCACAAGGGCAUGCUUAAACGAAAUAUGGGUUUUGAAUGAAAAAAGUUCAGAUUUUCCAGAAUAUCUAGCUGCACACUGCCAGUAUUGUCAUUUGAACGAAUAUUUGCACUUGUGUGAUGAAUGGUGUUUGGUUAACAGAGGCACAAAGGAUUUCUUGAUUGCCCAGUCGUAUCUUGGUAGCGAUGAGCCUCACAAAGCUUUAAAGUAUUUUAUUAGUGCUGCUAGAGGCAUAAGCAUGCAGGAACCAUUAUUGAUGAAUCUGCUUGAAGGAGACGAAGAAAACAAACAAGAAUCGUUAGUACACUAUUUCAUCAAAGUGAUGAGACUGUUUGAACAAUUUGAGUAUCCAAACUUUGUUAUAUCUUCUGCAUCAACAGCAAUAACCAUCGCAAAGAAGAAUGACCCAAGUGUGCCAAUGUUAUGGUCUGUUAUAUUUAAAAAUCACAUGGAGUUGGAACAUUACAAUGAAGCAUAUGCUGCCAUCAUACAUAACUCGGAUAGAAUUCGACGACAUGAUUGUCUUCGAUUCUUCAUCAUAACGUUAUGUGAACGAGGCCUGUUCCAAGAUAUUUGUUCCUAUCCAUACGUUAACCUUGAAGAAGAGGUGGUGAAUAUUAUUGAAAUACGAGCUCGUACGAUGGACAUUACAGUGAAUAAAUAUUAUGAUUUGUUGUAUUCUUACCAUGUUAUGAAGAAUGAUUAUCGAAAAGCUUCCACAACAAUGUAUGAACAAGCCUGUCGGUUGUGUACAGAAAUGCACGGCCUGAAGUCGCUGCAGAAACAGGCUAAAUGUUAUCUAGCUUCCAUCACAGCGUUAAAAUUGGUAGAUCCCAAAUAUUCAUGGAUAGUGAGACCGCAAGAAAAAUCACAAAGCGUCACCUCGUCUCGGCACCAACAACAAUAUUCUCACUCACCCAAACGAAAAGAAGAUGGGGAAGAGGUGUAUCAUUCAGCGUUAAAGAGACCGAAGGCACACAAGACAGUGAUUGUGGAGAUGGACGAUCUGGAAAAAGAAUAUCUUCUGGUCUUGGCGCGUUUGAAGCUUGUACAACAUAGUAAAAACGACUCAAUUGCCGUUGGGCCUGGUUUGACACCUGCUGAGACUAUUGGCUUACUUUCUCAAACUGGAUUGUUCGAUACUGCAUUUUCAUUGGCUCAAAAGUUUAAUCUGUCCUUCAAAAAUAUAUUUGAAUCUUUAGCUGGAAAAUGCGCAAACUUAGUAAGAAGUAAAGUGAGCGAAUUUGAUGAACGAUGGAAAUGGCUCACCCUGAACGAAAUAAAUACAACACAAUUGGUUUCAGCUAAAAGUGCUUCUCAACAAGCCUUCUACCUACUACAGAUAUAUUUGGAGAAAUACAAGUCUAAAAAUCAUUCCAUUCAUUUGAAAGCUGUGGCAUCGAAAUUCUUAAGUGUAGGAUGCAACUUACCAUCUUGGCUUGUGAAAGAUUACGAGUUUGUUAAUCCAGCCGAGCUUCUUCACUUGUAUCUUUGUUAUGACAUGGUAUUGGAAGCAUCGCAACUCUCCAUCAAAUAUAUCGACGCAGUGCUGGGUACUGGAAAAGAAUACUUGGGCUUAAAUACUGCUCUACACGCCACAACACCGCCUGUGUGGCUACCGUAUACAUCGUUCGAUCAACUACUCGCCGCCCUACGAUCUAACUUUGAAAACGAAGAAAUCGCACAGAUUUGUGAAGAGUUACAAGACAAGUUAAAUGACUAUUUUACUAAGGUGGAAGUCACUUCGUGCGAUAAACUAAAUUACGCACAACAGUUAAAUUCGAGGCUUAUGAUGGGAUGACGAAAAUUUUUGUAGCGAAUCAGUUGAUAUAGAGAAGCGAGACAUUGAUCGACUGACAAACAUGUACCGUGGAUUGGCCAUAGGAAUUAAUAAAAUGAUAAAUUCACUGCUGUUUUUCUGCUUGUAUUUUGUAUUUCUGUGAACAGUUUUAUAAAGAUAAAAAUAUGAAUUCGAAA